UUUUUAUUUCCAAGAAACCCACCCAGAGGCAAAAGCGAAAGAGAUCUGUGUCUUCGCAUGGGACACGUUAUCCGGCUCUUUCGGAUGGAUUUGGGACUUAAAAUUUUGGAAUCCUGGAUUUGUAAUGCGGUCUGUGACUCUGUGUUUUGAUACCAAAACAAGAGUUAAUUACAGAUUAAAAUUGUCCUAUGGGGUGCUUAUCCCGCCUACCAAACAAGCCCUCAGAGUCAGUCAGAAGGGCAUAAUCUGUGGGUGGUUCGUUCUGAGCAUUCGUGGGAUUGAUCGGACGUCUCUUUCCGGCAAUGGGAAAGAAGAAAGAAAAAGAGGAGGAAGAAAAAAAUAUGGUGAAAAAUGGAGGCAUAGUGUUGGAGGAGGUGAUAUCUACUGGGAAUUGUAGAUGUAAUCCAAUUCGUAACUUCUCUGUCAAACAACUCAAGAAUGCCACAAACAAUUUUCAAUCACCUUGCUUUACAGGCCAACAUGAUUGGUUCAAGGCUUGUUUAAACAACCGCACGGUUCUAAUCAAGACUUUUUUUAGAAAUGAAUUGAUGACAAGUAAAUUGGCAGGUCGAGACAUAGCUAUAACAUCUCAGAUGAGCAGUCACAAUAGGGUUCUGAAACUAAUAGGUUGCUGUCUAGAGCUGCCUGUUCCAGCCUUGGUUUAUGAAGAUAAUGAAUGUGUACCACUUAAUCCACGUGGAUAUAUUAGUGGUAAUGGCUCAGCACUUCCAUGGAAGACGAGGUUAAGAAUUGCUAAGGACGUUGCCAAUGCGCUUACCUACCUCCACACCACAUUUUCCACGCCUAUCGUCCAUCGAAAUGUGAAACCUUCAAAUGUGUUUUUAGACAAAGAUUUAGCUCCCAAGUUGUGCAAUUUCUAUCUCUCCAUAUCAAUUCCUAAAGGUGAGACUCGUGUAGAAGAUCAAGUGGCAGGGACAGAGGGAUUUGUUGAUCCUGAGUACUAUAACACAUCGUUUGUUACAGAGCAAAGUGAUGUCUAUGGUUUUGGAGUAUUUCUACUGGUCCUCCUAAGUGGAAAAUCACCUUUUGAAUUUCCAGAUUUGACAGAUUUCGUUCAAGAGAAGCCAUGGGAUGAAGUAGUGGAUCCUAAAAUAUUGGAAGAGGAAGGAGUAAUUGAAGAAGAGCAUAAACUACAAGCUCUUCGAAAUUUGGUAUUGAGAUGCAUUCAAACUAAGGCUGAUGACAGACCAAUGAUGAUUGAUGUGGCAAAAGAACUCCUUCAGAUACACAGAGAUUGUUAAUGGCGCUGCAGAAACAAGGAUGGUGGAGCUGAAUAAAUAUAUAUAUAUAUAUAUAUAUCGACUAUAUGGAAGUUCAAAAGGGAUUCAAUAGCAUUAAUAAGAUUAAAUUUUAGAGGCAAUUACAGAAACAAAUGUCAUGAAAAGUAGUUAUAUGCAAACAUAUGUACUCUUACAACAUGUUGCGAACACAUGUAACUGUUUAUAAUAAAUUGUGUAUUUAGCUCAAUGUAUAGAAUAGUUAGAUCCACUUCGUACAAGCUUAAGCUUUUAGCAUGGAUGGUGAUAUCGGCAUUGUAUUUUAGGGAAAAAAAAAGAAUUUCUUUUUUUUCUUUUCAUCAUUUACUGAAUCAUUCUAUAAUGAAGCUGUACAACAAUGAGACUAUUUACCGGUAUAGCAUAGCAACUAGUGUGAUCUGUAAGCCAGAUUAUAGUUUUUCCUUAGUGGCAUCUGACUCCAAGUGAUCUAUCAUUGUCCUAUAUGAUGCGAUCUGAUGAUUGACCAUUUCUAUGUC